AUGGCCUGCGUCGGCGAAGAGCCAGAGGCGGCAGGCGCGACCACGGUGAGCGCGGAUAGCUCGCAGCCAACCUCCGCAGGCGAGCCAGCUGGAGGACGAGGAUGCCUCGGCCAAGCCCACGGCCGCGAGACGGCUGAGGAGCCCAGCGCGCCAGGAGUCGAGCGGCUCCUCGGCGACCGCGAGUUCGGCGCGCCGGCGCGAGAGGCAUUGCGUUCGGAGGGGGCUAGCGCCGUGGAGUGCCGCGCGGUGCGCAAGCGGCCAGCUCGCCAGAGCGCGAGGUCCGAGAGCGAUAGCGACUAA